CGAUAAAAAGGGACUUAAGAGAUCCUUCAUUGAGCAGCAGUACCUUGGAUCAUUCGUUGUUUAAGAUGUGCCCUACUUUGGAUACUUCUGCAUUGCAUGUCUAAGGAGCUCCAACUAAUCCUGAGCCAUGUCACAGAUGUUGCACAUAGAAAUUCCCAACUUUGGGAACACCGUCUUGGGCUGCCUGAAUGAGCAGAGGCUGCUGGGGCUUUACUGUGAUGUCUCCAUAGUUGUCAAAGGCCAAGCCUUCAAGGCACAUCGUGCGGUGUUAGCUGCCAGCAGCCUGUACUUCAGAGACUUGUUUAGCGGGAACAGCAAAAGUGCAUUUGAGCUCCCAGGUACCGUGCCACCAGCCUGCUUCCAGCAAAUCCUUUCAUUUUGUUACACUGGGAAACUCACAAUGGCCGCAAGUGAACAGCUGGUAGUGAUGUACACUGCAGGUUUCCUACAGAUCCAACAUAUCGUAGAAAAAGGGACAGACUUGAUGUUCAAAGUGAGUUCUCCCCACUGUGACUCUCAAACCACCAUGAUAGAAGAUCCUAGUUCGGAACCUCAGAGCCCUUGUAACCAAUUGCAGUCUGCUUCUGUGCCCUACGUCAUGUCCCCUUCCAUGCCCAUCCCGCUCCUCACCCGGGUGAAACACGAAAAUCUCGAGCUGCAACCCACAGCUGUGUCAGGCCUUCCUGCCAAGCGACCCUUGGAAGCCAGCACUCGGGAUAGUACAGGAGGGAGCAUUUCUAAUGCUGCUCCGCUAAAGUUGUCUCGUGUUUCAUACUAUGGAAUGCCCAGUUUAGCUACUCUCAUCCCAAACAUACAGCAAGUGCAGUACUCCCAAGGGGAGCGGACGAGCCCAGGAGCCAGCAGCAUUCCAACUACUGAUAGUCCCACUUCCUACCACAAUGAGGAGGAUGAAGAAGAUGAUGAGGCUUAUGAUACCAUGGUCGAAGAACAGUAUGGUCAGAUGUACAUCAAAUCCUCAGGAGGAUAUUCAGUGGCUCAAGAGAAGCCAGAGCAGAUCCCACUAGAGAGUCGUUCCUGUGUCCUCAUUCGACGUGAUUUAGUUGCUCUCCCAGCAAGUCUUAUCAGUCAAAUUGGAUAUCGGUGCCACCCAAAACUCUACUCAGAGGGAGAUCCCGGAGAAAAACUUGAACUUGUUGCAGGCUCAGGUGUUUAUAUCACCCGGGGGCAGCUCAUGAACUGUCAUCUAUGCGCAGGUGUCAAACAUAAGGUUCUUCUGAGACGUCUUCUAGCCACUUUCUUUGACCGGAACACACUUGCCAAUAGCUGUGGAACUGGAAUUCGGUCCUCCACGAGUGAUCCCAGCAGGAAGCCUCUGGACAGCAGGGUUCUUAAUGCAGUGAAAUUGUAUUGUCAGAAUUUUGCCCCAAGCUUUAAGGAAAGCGAGAUGAAUGUUAUUGCAGCCGAUAUGUGCACCAACGCCCGACGAGUCCGCAAGCGCUGGCUUCCGAAGAUUAAGUCCAUGUUGCCAGAAGGGAUGGAGAUGUACCGUACGGUCAUGGGCUCCACAACAAACAGUGUCCCCCUGGAUCCGGAAUUCCAACCCAGCACCGCUCAAGUCUUUGAGCAGCGAAUCUAUGCAGAAAGGAGGAGUGAUUCGGGAACUAUAGUAGCUUUGAGAACUAACACAGUAAAUGUCGAUCUAAGCAAUGGAUCCAACCAAUCAUUUGAACAGAGUGAGGAUGCCGAAGGGGCUGGCUCUGUUAUACAGGAGGCAGCUGGAACAGAUGCCGUGGCGUCAGAUACCCAAAGCACUCCACAACCUUUCGAACAAGGUGCUGGCUCCACUAGCCGGCCAGAAACUCCAGUGAGAAGACAAGAUGGUACUUAUGGAGGGACUUUAUAAAAGAGAGAAAACAUUUUGUGACCUAUAAGGGAUCCGUAAUACUAAAGCUGCUUGCAUGCAUUACUAAUACAAAAAAAUGUGAUCAAGCCACUUACCUACUGAACUGCUACUGUUGCCUGAAAAAAAUGUGAUUUUUAUUCUGCUUGUAUUUAAAAUUUAUGAAGGAAAUAAUUGCAUUCGUUACACUGUAAAUGACUAGGUCUAUGGCGACCUACUGAAAACAAAUAUUGGGCUCCUUUUUGAUAUUCCUGAGAUUAGCCUAUAAGAUUGUAGCUUUUUUUUUUUUAAAGAAGGGGAGGAAAAAAGCUUGACACUCCCCGCUGCUGCGCCGCAUCAUCACCACCCCAUGCAUUAUUCAGCUCCGAAGUAAAGCCAUCAUUAACUUCUUCCUCUAGAGAAAGUUUUACCGUCACUUAACAGGAAAGAAAGAUGUGUUAAGGUAGAAGUCAUGUGACUUAGUCAUUUUUGUCUGUACAAUUGGCUCUAACAAGGCGGGGUGGGGUGGGGAAUUGCUAAAAAAAACUUCUGUUGUUAAAUGAUCAGAGAACAGAUCCUUAACAUUGGUGUUACUAAGUGUGAGGCUGUAACCAAGGUCAGAGGGCUCUUCAGUGUCUGUCCGCUGAUUUGUUGUUGUUUUUAGUUGCUAUAGGAUAGGGGUGGCCACACCUUUUAUUUUAUAUUUGUAUGAGUCGGGAGGACUGCGUGGUAAUUGCAGACUGAGACCCUGGGUGUGAUAUUCUCCUGCAGUAUGACUCCUGUCUGUCUCUCCGGGAGCUACUCCUUCUUUCCCCCCCUUGCCAGCAUGUGGUAUAGCUUUAUACCACUGACCUUCUUGAUUUAAUCAGCUUCUACAACCUCACCUCCUCCUCUUUUACCUUGUGGCAG